AUGGAACAAGAAUCAAGGAACUCUCACGAAGGAGGGUUAGACACUAACGAAGCUACUAAUGAGACUUUUGAGAGCUUAAAAGAGUCUGGCCCUCAAGACGUAGAUGUCUUUGAUACUAAUGAGGUCGAUAGGGAGACGUUUAUUGAAAAUAAAGAUAACUUAGUGGGGAGUAUCGGCAGGAAUGAAUUCGAGGACACUCAGAAUAACCCCACUAAGAUUCUGAGUUCCAGUGUCAAACUAGCAGACAAUUCUCGGGCACAAAGACCAAAGAAGAAGAAGCGUCGUCAGCAGGGAUCUGUGACAGGAGGAGGGUCUUUGCAAGCUUUGUUACAUGCUGGCACAUCUGAUGAUCACUUUUCCCAGAGCGAUUCUUCUGCAGUAUCAGAAGAGUCCAGGAGUGAGAAACGAACCCGAAAGAGGAAGUCUUUUGGCUCAAAAAGUCAAAAGAAGAAUCGUGAAAAGUACAGGAUGUACAUUCAUGAUGAGGCUGAAGAAGAUGAAGAUGGGGAAGAAAACACAAGAGAAGGUAGCCACGAACGUCCUAGUCGUAGGAAAAGAGACUCUCGCUCAUCAUCAGAGGACGAUGAGGAGGAGGAUGAUGAAGAAGGGUAUGACGAAUUGAAAGAUUUUAUUGCUGAUGAGGUUGAAGAAGAUGGCAUAGACGAUAGUUUGGUGUAUAGAGGUCCCCAUAUUUUGUCUCAAUCAGCUGUACAAGGAGAAAAGAAUCUUCUGGCCCCAAAUGAGAGAUCUGAUAUGGAUCAUGAAAGUUCAGAAGAUGACGAUGAUGACGAGAUUCUUCGGGGAGGUCUAGAAGAGGAUGAUUUAGCUUUAAUUGAGGAAAACACUGGAAUACGUCUCAACAAAGAUUCCCAAAAACACCGUUUAAAGAAGGUUUCUGAAACUCUUGAUUCCCAAAAGACGUUGGUUGGUAAGAAUAUUGGAGAUUUGGAGGAUCUUCUUUUCAAUAAUGGUGAUGAUGGAGUUUAUCAGGAGGAAGACCCGUUACAUAGACCUAGGGAUUUAGAUCCUGCCCCUGGAAUUGAUUCUGAGGAUUCUCAAGACUCUGAUGACUGGAUGGUAGAUGAUUUGGAUGAAAGAGGCCUUCGAGGUGAUGAGUUUAACAUUAUUCAGUCAGUUUUUGGAGAUUAUGAUACAGUUAUGGAUAUCCUUAUGAACAAGGUUUCAAAAGUUAAAGACAUAACAGAAAGUUCUAUAAUUGACUCUGAAACUGUGAAUAAUCCCAAAUUUACUAAAACAUCUGAAGAAUUUGAAACCGAAAAGACUAUAGUAGGUGGGGAUCACGAAAUAGAUAUGGUGGAUGAUAUAGAUGAGGAACUUUUUGGUGAGAGUCCUGAGAAAGAAGAGGGAGAGGUAGAGAACAUUCAAGAUAGAAUGAAGAAAACUACUCUCCAAACUUUGCAUAGUAUUUCCGAACCAGCUGAAUUAGAGGGGCAAUUUCUUACUGACUUUGAUGGUGAAGUUAAAUACGUUGACAUCCCUGAAAGACUUUAUUUAUUAUACGGAACCCGCUGGAAGUCACUAAAAGAAAGGAAGAUUGGUAAGGAAGAGUUACAACAAGAGGCAAUAUGGAUUUCUAGGAAGUUCCUACAGACUUACCCAGAACUUUUUAAAGAGGAAUUGUUAAGGAGAUCUCACAAUCUUGAGUUUAAGACAUCUUUUCCAUAUGUCUCAAAUGGUGGUGUGUUACAAUUAGUUUCUAAUGCAGUUUUCUCAGUUCUGGAUUGGCUUCUAAAUGAAAGGUUGGAUAUACCAUAUAUCUCUUUACACAAAAUGCAUUUAAUCCAGCCUCCUCUUAAUGAUUUUCUUCUCGGAAAGAUAGUUUUUUUGGAUUCUAUAUACUAUAAGCUUAAGCUAUCAAUUGAAAGUUUUCAACAGAAACUUUUAGCCGUUCGUGAAAAAAAGUCUGUCUCAGAUAUAUUUAGACUUACUGAGUCCCGUGAACUUCCUGAAGAUCAUAUAAUCCAGGCAUUCCUUUCUGUAUCUGGCUUACAAGAAACCCUAAAGUCUAGUUACUACUUUGAUUCAUCCAGAGACAUUGAUAAUAUUCGACUUUAUUUCAUGUAUCACAUAGAUACACCCAGAUUCAGACAAAUAGAAGAAAUUACUAUUGGAGACCCAUCAAACACUUCCAAAGGAACAGAAAUUGGCCAAAACAGUCAAAGAAAUUUAAACAGAAAACAUAGGAAGAACUAUAUGAUCGAGUUUUUUGAAUAUAUUGAAGUAAAUGAGCUCUUUAAUGUUUGGAGUCCCUACAUUGUUUCUCCUUAUGUGUUGUCUCUAUACUUGAAGAGUUUUACAUCUCCACAAUUUCAUUGUUCGACACCAACAGGAGGUAUUCCAGGACUUCCAAAUACAUUUAGUCUCCUACCUCCUGGAGGCCCUGUUUUAGAGAACUCCAAGACAGCUCUUUAUAAAUGGUUGGACAAGUUAGUGAGACAAGAUAAUCCAAUGUUUUCAACCAGCGAAAAGGUUUUGGAAUCAGUCAUCAUGUACGAAGCCAGACGUCUUGCAAGUUUUCCAGCAAUUCGAGCCAAGACAUUUGAGUAUUUUCUUUCUAAUGCUUGCAUAACUACAGUGACAACAAUCAAGGGAGAGAAGACAUUGAGCCCAAAUGGAGUCUUUUGGCUUGCAAAGAGACUCUUUAGAAAACCUGUCAACACACUCUUACCUGGGACUUAUCUUCCACUAAAUGAUGACACUGGCUCAGAUUCCCAAAACAACAAUUCCAAUAUGUUGUUUGAUGGAUGUUUAUGUUCUGAAGUACUGGAACUUGAGAGACGCGGAUUGAUUGAACUUAUAGUUCAUCCUCUAUGUAUAGAUGAUCCCGCUCCUUGGAGAGGAUCAGAUGGAGAGGCAAAAAUUAAGGAGCGUUUCCUACAUGAAGUUGGUCUUCUUGAUUCUGGAAUAGAGUCAAACAUGUCUAAUUCUCUUCAGAAAGGAUCUCUACCAACUCCAAUUUUAAACAGAUUUGAUCAAGAAUUUAGAAUGUAUGUCAAUAGUGAUAAUAUUGAUAACAGAAUUGUUAGGAAUAUACUAGACGAACUGAAGUAUGGGUAUGUUAGUAUUUCAGGCUCUAUUUGGAGUAAGCUUGUUCAAAUUCCUAUUUUACAUAGACUAAUUGAGAAGGAGCUUUUUCCAAGUUUCAGAACUGAAGUAAUUAAUUACCUCAAAAUGAGAUCCCAAGAAUAUAUUGCCGAACUUUGCUCACUAAAUCUUCAGAAAAGACUUAGAGUCCUUCCUCCAAAGCACCCAGAAAGAGAUGAAUCAGUAGCUGAAGGUCAAAGAACUAAGUCUGGAGAAAAUAAUAAGGGGGAUAGAUCCAAGGAAGAUAACCAAUAUGAUUCUGAAGAAGACGAUUUCGAUAAUUAUUCUGGUAAUAAUAUUGAUAGUGAUGAUGAUAACUUUCUUUCAAAAAGAUCUAAAAAUUCAAAAUGGAGAGGAACUUCUGGGGAUGAUUUUAACAUAAUUAGAGAAGAAUACAACACAAAUUGGGGACUCAAUGUAAUAUCAUGUGUGGUUGAAAAAGCUCAAAAUGGGUUUAAAGUUUGUGUAGUUUCUUUGGAUAUAUUUGGAGAACUUAGAGACUUUUUGGUUUUGGACCAUUUGUUAGGUAAUGUAUCUUUUAGAAAUUCUAAAUAUAAUGACAAGAAUAACGAGAGAGACGCCCUAGGCUCUUUGGAAUCUCAACGUUUUGACGAGGAUAUGGAGAAUUUAACCCGGUUCGCAAAGAUGUACUAUCCACACUAUGUUUGUGUGGGGAUUUCAGAUAGAAAGAGCUUGGAACUAGCAGGUUUGUGGAAUAAUAUUCUUAAGAAAGUCAAAAAGAAAGAUCAGAAAUUCACUCCUGGAUUUUUAUUUGUUUCUAUGGAUGUCUCACGGGCCUUAGUACGUAGAUCAGUCACAGAUCAAAGAACUUCAGGAGCUCAAAAACCAAAAGGUCUACAAUCGGAGUAUCCAAUGUAUGUAAAUCUUGCAGUUUCUGUAGGAAGACUUGUUCAGAAUCCUUUGGCUGAACAGUUGCAGCUUUGGGAAGAUUCAGGUAAUGAAAUUGAGAGUGAGUUAAGUACAAAUACCCUUGGUUUGGAUAAUGAUAUUGUACUUGGAAGCUCCUCAUCAUCAACGGGAGCAAAGGAUUGGUUUAACCCUAUUACAUGCUUGAGAUUGCAUAGGCUUCAGGAUGUUGUAGAUCCCAAAAUGCUACAAUUCCAUCUGUUACUAGCUAUUCGUUCAGUUGUUGGUAACUUAGGUGUCCAGAUAAAUAGGAUGAAGGGUCAUUCCCACUUACAGUCUCCACUCAAGUUUGUUAGUGGUUUAGGUCCUAGGAAGGCUAAGUCUUUGGUAUCAUAUCUUGAUUCCCAUCCAGGUCCGAUUUCCACUAGAAGCCAAUUAAAACAAGAUGAUCAUUAUUCUGAGACAAAACAGCGAAAAGGGGCCGGUAACAAUGAUUUCUAUGAAUAUGAUUUCCGAGAAGGUGAAGAAAAUCAGGCUGGUUGUCUCACAAAGAAUGUUUACUUAAAUGCUCAAGUAUUUCUUAGAGUUGAUGAAGAUAGUUAUAAUGAAAAGGAAUAUAACAAGAAUUUAAAUAUAUUCGAUAUAAGUAGACUAAGUGAUGAGGAAGACAAGGAGUUGGUUUUAACCAUUCUCGGUAAUAUUCGUGAUCAAGUCUCCGAAGAGACUGUAUCUGGAGGCAGGCAAAAGUCGAAGGAAAAGGAUGAAACAUUACUUUGGACUUGGAUCUCAAAAAGAAGUUCCAAGCUUGAGACUCUUGAUCUUGAAGCUUAUGCAAAGCUUAUGUAUGAAAACCAAGACAGACCAAGAUUACUUCCUUAUCUUAACAGAAUGCUUAGAGAACUCAAAAAACCUUAUGAUUGUUCAUUUGUAUCAAGGGAAUUUAGGGGAGUUGAGAAAUCUAGACAACUCAGAGAAUCUUUAGAGAUUUCUAGAGAAGAUCUAUUUAUUGGUUGUGAGAUUACAUGUAGAAUUACAGCGGUUUUAAGCAAUGCUAGGGGACCUUCCAGAUGUCCAAUUUCUCUUUGGUUUGACCAGUACAAUAUGAAGGUUAUACUUGAAGAUUUUGAAUCUUUGUGGGUAGAGCUUCUGGACGAGUUCCCUAACUUACAGUCAGCUUCUUUUGACUCUUUGUUCAAGGUGAAUACCCCUUUACAAGCCAUUGUCACCAAUAUAGAUUUUUCACAACACUGCUUAUUUGUCUCUAUGUCUCAAAGUAAAGUAUGCAACAUACUAAAUUACCUAAUUGAUGGAGUAUGGAGACAACAACAGUACCGUCUUGAUAUGAUAGAUAAACACAGACAUGAAAGUAGUUCUGUAGGAUCUCAGUCUCAAGGUGGACAAGUAAAUAGUAAUUUAGACACAUCUUCCAUUUCUAUGGCCAAUAUGGCAAUUCAGGAGUACCGAAAAAAUGACUUUAACUUAUUGCAGGACGAUCUUUCUGCCUUAAUUUGGACUGAUAUUCGUCAUUUUGCUUUUAUAUUGUUCAAAAAGAAUUUGAAUGUGUUAUCUACAAGUUCAGGACUGAAUUUAAGUUCUGGCCUAGGUAAGAAUGGUAAUGGAUCAGGAGACAGGCUUUGGGAGAGAGACGGAAGAGGAGAUGGGAAGUAUCAUGGAACAGUAUUACGUACAAUUCAUCAUCCAAACUUCAGGAGUUGGUCUCACGAACAAAUCGUUGAGCAUAUGAAAGUGGAAACAAUACCUCUAGGAGAGGUUAUAAUUAAAUCUUCAACUAAAUAUAUAGAUAAGCUGAAUAUGUAUAUUAAAGUUUGUGAGAAUCCUUUUAUGUUUAAGGUUAUUAACAUAGAUGAAUUUGAUCAAAGGCUUCCUGGAGAGCUUGGAAGAAGACUUAGAAUAGAUGACUCAGAUUUUAAUGAUAUUGAUCAAAUCCUGAUUCAGUAUGUACAUCCUUUAAAAGUUCAUCUCUCUAGUGUAUUUACCCAUCCCAAGUACAGAUCUAAUAUGGAAUAUCAGAAUUUAGUUACUGAGCUCUUAGUAGAAUCCUCAAAUAGUGGUAACUCUAUUGUAUGGGGUAUCACAGCAGAUAAGCAGAUUCCUUGUAGAUUUCAUUUAAUUUCUGUUCCUCCAAAUUCUAGAGUAGGCUCAAGUGGGGCCAGAAUCCACUUUGAAGAUGGAAUUUAUGUUAAUCAUAAGGGUUUCCAACUUUGGAGGAAAUCUGAGAAUACUUUAAGAAAGUUACUGAAUUGGUGGAAAACUGAUGGGUUCUUUAAGAGAUCCAAACACUUAGAGGAUUAUAAGAGAUAUAAAGAAUAUAUGGUGAGACAAAAGCAAGGAAAGACAAGUUCAGAGAAUGACUUUGGGUCAAGAAAGUUUGGAGCUUCUCACCAUAAUACCUAUCAUCAUAGUUCUGGUGGAGCUGGUUUUGGGAAUGUAGGUGGAACUGGACACCAGAGCCAGCAUUCAGGGAAUUACUCACACUCUAGACAUCACGCCGUUGAAAGCUUUAGCAGUCAGGCUGGUGGAAGCCACAGCAAAGCUGGUGGAGGAGCUCCUCAAUAUGGUUCUCAUUUUCACUCUGGAGGAUUCAGAAAAUCUUUUCAUGGGUAUCCUCCUCAAAUGGAGGGUGGUUCUGCUCAUCAUUACCCACCUCCAAUUCCCGAACCUUAUGAAUCUGGCUUCCCAAGUAAUUAUAGAUACUCAAGAAGAUAA